CACCGUCCAAUCAGUUUUUAAAAGAAACAGAGAGGAAUCAAACAUGUCCUCCUCCUCCUCUUCUUCUUCUACCUUGUCACAGGAACACCACCUCCCUCCUUCCGAGCAACUCUGUUAUCUCCAUUGCAACAUCUGCAACACUGUCCUCGCGGUGAGUGUUCCUUGCACCAGCUUGUUCAAGACUGUCACGGUUCGAUGCGGCCACUGCACGAACCUCCUGCCGGUGAACAUGCUCGGGUUGCUUCUGCCUUCAACUAAUCAGCUUCAUUUGGGUCACACUUUCUUCUCUCCUUCCCAUAAUCUUCUGCAAGAGAUCCCAAACCCUACUCAGAACUUCUUGAUCAACGAGACCAACUCGACUGACUUCGGUGUACUGCUCCGAGGAGGACUUGAUGAACUUCCAAGGCCCCCAGUCAUCAACAGACCUCCGGAGAAGCGGCAGAGAGUUCCCUCUGCGUACAAUCGCUUCAUCAAGGAUGAAAUUCAACGUAUUAAAGCAAGAAAUCCAGAUAUUAGCCACAGAGAUGCCUUCAGUGCUGCUGCAAAAAAUUGGGCCCACUUACCACAUAUUCACUUUGGUCUCUUGCCUGAUCAGACAGUGAAGAAGACUACUGUGCUCCAACAGGAGGGAGAAGAUGUGCUCAUGCAAGAUGGUUUCUUUGCUCCGGCUAAUGUGGGUGUCUCUCCUUUCUAGUGGAGUUGUUUCAUUCUGUUACUAAACUAACUCUCUCUCUCUCUCUCUCUCUCUCUCAAACUUGUUCUUUUUCCAAUGGUGAAAAAGGUUUAGAUGCUAGUCGAGUAUGACAACUUUGGUUUCUCCGUAGCUUAUAAGCCAAUGGUGGUCUUUUAGAGUGUUAAUACUUUGCUAGCAUGUACUCUUUUUUAGAUCCUUUUUAAAUGUACUUAAGCUUGGGAAACCACAUUUCUUUUUGAAAAAAAUGCAAAUCGGUGGUAUUUUUAUAAA